ACUCCUGAGACAGACAUGGCAACGUCUACGAGGCAAAACUCGAUGCAGUCAGACUGGCCUGAGUCAGAAUCGACGCCGCAAUAUCAGUUUCUCGCAACGAAUCGCGCUGUAAAGGUGUUCCAAGUCCGUACCGAUUCGGUUUCGAAACACGUGUUUUCCACAACAGUGACUGCCGACACAGGACCCGAUUUUCGUUCACACGACACACACGGGGUGCAGGGAUUAACGUCUUUUCAUCCAUUCACAGGACGCAAACUGCGAUUCUCAGGCACAAUUGGGCAACUUCUUCCGAAGAUGUGCGAAAGACGUGGAACGAAGGGUUUGGAGUUGUGGUGUCGGAAAAUGACCGAGGGCUAUUCCGGAGUCAAAAUCGACAACAUGACAACUUCUUGGAGGGAUGGUCUCGCCUUUUGUGCCAUCAUCCACCACUUCAGACCAGAUCUGAUUGACUUCUCGAAACUGAACAAAGAUGACAUCUACCAUAACAAUGAGCUAGCAUUCCGGGUUGCGGAGCAGUAUUUGGGAAUCCCCGCACUAUUGGAACCGGAGGACAUGGUUGAGUACACCGUUCCGGAUCGUCUUUCCAUUUUGACGUACCUUUCGCAGUUUUAUCAGGCGUUCGGAGUCUCAGGCUCAGGCGCCACGAAAAUUCCAGCAAAAAGGCCCCAAACCGCCACAGACCACGGCAUCGUAUCGCCGGCCUCCACAAGUCCCCCGACAAAGAUAACCGCAUACACGGGCAUAGGUCGAUUGCGAAGGGAAACCUGUGCCAAAUGUGCUCUACCAGUAUUCAUAGCUGAACGUUUGAACGUAGGAAAACUGCUCUAUCACCGUACGUGUUUCCGUUGUGCGCGCUGCGAUUCGCAGCUCACCCUGGCCAACUACUACGAAACGGAGAACAACGAGUUCUGCUGCGAGGUGUGCCCGGACGAGGAGAAGUCUCGUCCCACCUCGGAGCAGGACAAGUGCAUGCGACUGAACUUGGACGUGGAGAAGUCUGUGCUCAGCCGUUCCAUGAGCGAUGAGGAGAAAUCCGCCCUGAUCCAGACCAAGUACGUCGUCGACGAUCCGUACAGUUCUCAGUUCGAACGCGAUCUAGAAAAGGACAAUAACACUAGUAAUUCGGCGUUUAGUAGGGCCAGGAAUUUGUUCCUGGACAGUCAAUUGAACGAUUUCGAUUCGGGAACGUGUGAGGUGGAGAAAAGCAACGCGGACAAUGAUAGUGGUUUUCCUACUGCAAGUGUACAUAUUGUUAGUGAUAGUUUAGAGGAUAAGUUAGUUAAAGAUGUUGUUACCAAAGAAGAUUCUCACGAUAUUCCAAUAGAAGAUGAUAAGAAGCUUAUGACCCCGGAUAAGCCUGACAGCAUCAUUAUUACUGAAUUUGUAUCCGACAAAGUAAAUGAUAAGAACGACAGCAUCGUUAGUUCAGAUGGCAGUGUUGUGUUUGUGUCCGAAACCAAACUAUCUUUAAAUGACAGUGUUGAGUUUGUGGCCGAAUAUGAAACAUCAAAUGAUAAAUCUCCUGACAUAGAAAUUAUAAAAGAUGAGCCGGAAACACAGAUAAAAGAAGAGCUGGAAACCACUUCCAAAGGGGAAGAAAAAGUAGAACAACCCAUUGUACAAGAAGACAUUGAAGAAAAGCCUGAAAUAACUGAAAAAAAUUUAGAUAACACUGUAGAAAUUGAAGAGGUAGUAGAGGACAAACCAGUGCCUUUAGUAGAAGAAGUAGAGGACAAGAACGACGUGGUACCGGCACUUCCAGAGCCAAUAAAACAAGACGACGUCAAUAGUGUGCCAGUCGUCCCAAAACCACGUAAAAAGAAGAAAGUUAAAAAGCAGGAAUCGUAUCCGGAAGAUCUGAACCCUUUCGGCGACGAUGACUUACCAGCAGACCAAUCUGCCACCACUGUAGACGACCCCAAGCCACAAAACACCAGUUUGAAUCCUUUCGGCGAUGAGGAGGAUGAGGAAGAACCAGUGGAGAUUAAAAAAAAAGUCAUCAAACCCGAAAGAAUCACCCUUAAUCCAUUUUGGACCGAUGGCGAGGAAGAAGAAGAGGAGAAUCUCAAGAAACCUGUUCCUUCUCCCAGAAGCUCAGUGAGGACCCUGGAGCCCAAAUCUAGGUAUGAAAGCGGCACCAGUACACCAACGUCCUCGAGUCACGCGGGUUCCGUGAAUUCCCUGGUGGAUCCCGGACAAUCGACGCUUAGAAAAAAGAAGCCCGCACCGAAGCCGCCUACCAUAAUUAAGGAUGAUGCAUCCAACAGUUCCAUAACUUCUAGUCCUACUCCUAGUACUGCGCCUUCUCCGAGAAUGACGCCCAAGAAUAGAAAGGCGAAAAGGGCGCCCCCACCGCCUGGCACAUCAACACCAUGUGAGCCCAAAAAAGACAACACCGUAUCGUUUUCCGUGUCCGCUGUACCACACGAACCAGCAGAUGAUUUAGACUUGGAAAAAACUCAAAAAGAUGACAUGAACCGCAACAGACAGAGCCAGAACCUUAGCUUACAUAGAACAAGUUCCAGCGAAAACUCCAGCACUUACUCGACUCCAAACAAAAGUACUUACGGACAAUGGAAGAGGAGAAAGGGUCCAGCCCCGCAACGUCCAAUACCGCAGCGAAGAACCAUUAAAGCCUUACCAAUGGGAGAAAUCAAACGCGAGUUGGAAAUUAUCGAGAUCCAACAACAGGGGUUGGAAAAACAGGGCGUGAUGAUAGAACAAAUGAUCAGAGAGCGAAGUGAGAACAACACCAAUCCCGAUGAAGUUCUCCCGAUCGAAGUGGAAGAUCUCAUAUUGCAACUGUUUGAAUUAGUCAACGAGAAGAAUGAAUUGUUUAGAAAACAAACGGAGUUAAUGUACUUACGUCGACAACAAAGACUGGAGGAAGAACACGCUGACGUGGAAUAUCAGAUACGGUGUUUAAUGCUUCAACCUGAAUCCACAAAAGAAGAGUCUGAUAAAGCUAGAGAAGAAGAGUUAAUUAAUAGAUUGGUGAAAAUUGUGGAAAGAAGAAACGAAAUCAUCGAAAUUUUAGAAAUGGAUCGACUGAGAGAGGCUCAAGAAGAUGACAGUAUAAACAGUCAGAUGAACUUAUAUAUGAUGAAACGUGGGGACGAGGAAAAAGUUGAGAAAACUACUAUUGUUGACAAACAUAAGGAGAAAAAGGAGAAAAAGAAACAUAAGUCGGCAAAGGAAAAAAUCAAGGAGAAACUGCACAUACUAAAGGACAAGGAUAAGAAGAAGAAGCCGGAUAUGGAUAAGGACGUGGACGAGAGCGAGACUCCUUCCGCGAGCACGUUGGGGAGAGACAAGGAUAAAAAGAAGAAGUCUGCGUUCAAAUAUUGAUUUAUUUUGAUUAGAUUGUUAUAUAAAUUGAUGCUGUGCGUUAUGUUAGAAAUAUAUUUUUUUACUUUUA